AUGGCCUCUAAUCACGUGCCGAGUGACCAAGUCCCCAUGCAGGGCCAGAACGUCUACGCCGACCCAUCCUAUCCGAAUUUCUUCUCUUCUGUCGACCGCUAUGGGCCCUCAUCAUGGGAGCAGCUCAACAACCAAACUUCGGGCCUCGCCCCGCCUACUUCAUCCAGCCAAUCUUGGCACCAGGGUUCCUUUACACAACAACAACAACAACCACCACCAUUCAACGCCCUCAGCCAGCCCUAUGGGUCCCAAACGCAUGGCCUCCGAACCGCCUCGCCCUACCAAUACGGUCAAUUCGGCCAGCCAACCUCGACAGCCAACUAUGCACAACAAGCCUCCAACGUCGAUCCUUCGUUGAGCCUAGACCCCAAUGCGCUUCGACAGCAGCAGCAGUCCCCCUAUCAGAUGCCCAUGCGGACUGCCACCCCACAGGGCCAAUCUGGCACCGUGACACCGCAAGCUCUACAGCACAACACAGCACAACUUCAUAAUAUCCGCCCUGCAGCGUCUCCCUUCCAAAUACCCAAGAGCACAUCAGAACUCUUUUCUCAACAGCGGGCGAUACCAACACCAUUAGUCAAGCCUGUGCGUGUUCCAGAGUAUGAAAUUCCAAAGGGCAGGAAGUCGGGUGGCCUCUAUGUUCUUGACCCCGCUGCUCUGGCAAAAGCCACAAAGUCUAAUGCUCUGAAUAAAUUCGUCACCCUUGGCUCAGAGCCUUUUCACUUGGCUACCAAUAGAACUGCGCUUCCAUUAUACACCGCGCGACUGUCCCUAAAAGACUUGAAGAAAGCGGGAGCCGGUAACAAAAAGCUUGCCAAGCUAUCGUCCUCAAAGUCAUCUCUAUCAAGACCUUUCAAGUCCGAGAGGAAAACUGCAAGCAGCCCUUCAGGACUGACGAGGGAAGUCAGUGACAGUGAAAGCUAUACGGAAUCGUCAGACGACGACAGCGAAUAUUCGGAUGAUGAAGUGGAGGAGCAAUCUCCAUUGCCUGCCUCGAGACCGGAGGAGCCUCAUGCAGCUGUCCGCUAUGACGUCAUCAAGGCUACCUGGUAUCCUCGGGCAUCGCCCGUAGGCUCGGAGAAGAUUAAGAAUAGCAUGCGCGACAUCUGGGAAGUACUAAACACCAUCCAGAAGCGUUGGCGGGCCGACAGCAAAGCUGUGUCGGAAGCAGAAGAGCAGAAGAAGACGGGCGAGCUGCCCGUGCUCAAGAGCCGGGUUGCGAGUCAGCGAGACCUGCUUCAGUCUGCCCUCAAAGCCGCCCUUGAACUUGCUCAUCCUGAUGUGCUUUAUCAUUUGGGACAAAUCAAGCCUUUCUUGUACCUGUGCUAUCAGUUUCUGGCGAAUCGUUUCCAUAGUAAGGAUUACGAUGGGCCACUUGCUGCCGUUAUAUUCGAGAUUUUGUCACGCUGCGGUACUCUGACUUCUGAGCUCCUCGAAGAGACCAAGGUCAUCAAAGCGCUCGUAUCGAUGAAGAAGCAUGCCAAUGAGAAGCAUAGAGCCUUUAUUCAGCAGGUAGUUGAUGGCGCAGCAACCAAUACUAAGAAAGCUAAAGCAAACUCUCCACCUGGAGCUGAGCCAACGGAAGCCAAGGGUGCAAAGCGACCUGCGGCAGACUCGGGGACCCGUGCCACAAGUGAGGGUCCUGUGGCGAAGAGGCCAAAGCCAGCAGAGUCUCUUGCGACUGCAACGAAAAAAGACAACGUGAAGAGCACGACCGCAACAUCUGGCUCAGUCCCACUGAAACGACCAGGGGAGAAGCCGGCGACAGCGCCUAUACCUGUAAAAGCCCGCGUCAACCAAGUGUCAAAUAAGCCAUCUGGCAUCUUUGCUUCCCUCAACGCCGCCAGCAAGAAACCGACAGCAGCAGCCACUGCACCGACAAGCACAAAGGUUACUGCUCCACCCAGACCUACUACUACCGUUGCAACCAGGGAUAAGAAGCCCACACCAACAACGGCAUCAAAGCCUGCAUUUUCGUUUGCCCAAACCAUGGCCUCACUCAUGAAGCCCAAAGAGCAAGAGGCAGUGCCCGCCAAAUCCGAGAAACAGUUACCUCCAGAGAGUGCCGAAGAAAAGGCGAAACGCCUGCGAAAAGAGUCUCGUCGGCAUUUGCGCGUCACCUUCCGCCCGGACACCUCUUUGGUGAGCAUCAGAUACUUUGACCAUGCGCCCGAAGAAGAUAUGGGUCACGAGGAGAAUUUCGUUCGAGACGCCGGUGACAUUGGUGGAGAGGGCCGCAUGUUCAAGCAGCACAAAGAACUUGAUGUCGAUGAAGACGAGGAUGAUGCAGAAAUGGACCACCAACCUUGGAGAGAACCAUCGCGGGUUGAUUUCAGUGUUAUACCGCCUGAUGAGCGCCAACGCAACUACAUGCCGUUUGGUGGUGGAGAGAAUCAGCCUUCGUGCCCUGAAAGGGAAGCCAACGUACGGCGCGAGAACGCCACACUGAUGGUCUUCUAUUCACAUCCAAGUGAUAUCCCAUCCUCUCCACGAGAACCACUAGAGGAGUCCACACCUGCCGUUACGGUCACGAACUUUGGACCCCCACCCGAUGUGUGCUUACAGAGGUGCCCACAAGUAUCAGUUCCUGCAACUGUCCCGGACCUCAGUAAUCUCGAAAACAUCUUCAAGCAAUUCGCCAAUCCUUCAACGAGUCAAGCUCCAGCAAUAGCGCAGCCAGCCCCGGUUGAAAACACAUAUGUACAACCUGCUCUUCCAACCCCUGCAGUUGAUCUUGCGAGUAUUCUCAGUGCUCUGAAUGGGCAAAAUGCAUCACAACCUCCGCCUCCAGCACCAAUUGCGAUGCAAGCGCCAGUUCAACCGUCGAUGCCAGCUGGUCUCGACUUUAAUGCUAUGAUGGCACUUAUACAAGCGCAAGCUGCCACAGGAGGCGCCUUGCCACCACCACCGCCGGGGUUACCACCAGGUUUCCCUCCAUUCCCGUUUUCCUUCCCACCACCACAACAGGACACUGCUGCUGCAGCAUAUCAACCACAGAUGCAGCAGCAGCAGCAGCAGCAGUAUGAUCAACAACCCAAUGGCGGAAUGAAGCGGCAGCGUGAUGAUGUCAACAGCAACGCUGAGCGAGGACAAGGAAAGAGACACAAGAACCGCAGCGAUCGACCUCACAAGGUGCUUGCAUGCAAGUUUUUCCAGAAGGGUACAUGCAACAAAGGCGACAACUGCACGUAUAUCCACGACCUCAACAUGUAA